AUGGUAGUGGCGGCGGUUGGGCGCGUGCUGCUCGGGAGCCGUGCGUGGAGCGGGGCGGUGAGGACGGGGAAGCUGUUGGCGGGGCCGAAGGUAAGAGAGAAGGGAGGGAGGAAGAGAGAGAGAGAGAGAGAGCGCGGGGGGGGGGGAGAGAGGGGAGUAGCCGCUCACGUAAAGAGUUGCCGGUUUCUGAGCGCUCGGCGGCGCAUGCGCUGUGUUUUCUCUCCCAUCCCACCUCCCAUGUGAGGUAAUUUCAGUCCCCAAAUUCUUUCCUUCCUCAAGGUUCAGAAAACGUUGCUCCGUAGCCCGAAGUUGACUCGAGGCAAUUCGCUUCUCUGCCUUCCCACCUCGCAUGCCUUUCAAUAGGUUUAUGUGGCAGGGCUGUGAAAUGCCUGCGGUCGUACUUUGGCAUUAAAGUCACGGCGCUCUCUACACAGACACACAUAUAGAUACAUACACUAUAUGUGUGUGUGUGUAUAUAUAAUAUGUAUAUAUCUAUACACACACACUGUGUAUGUGUACAUACACAGACACACACACACACAUAUAUAAAACAGUCAUACCUCGUGUUUUGUUAGGUUCAUGUUCCGUCUUUUCGGCUUACGAACGCAGCAAGUGUUUGUCGGAUUUCGUCGCAUGCGCAGAAGCGUUCUGCGCGCUUUGCACAUGCGCAGAAGCACUCUAUCGCGCUCCGCGCUUGCGCAGAAGCGCCACUCUAGUUGCGGACUUUUCGGGGUGCGAAUGGCACCCCGGAACGGAUCGUGUCCACAACUAGAGGUACCACUGUACACCCAGUCAGAUGGGCGGGGUACAAAUAAAUUAUUCUUCACACACACACACACACACACACGGCCCCUGUGCUGUUAGGAUAGGAGUUGGGUCUGCAGUCACAUCUGGAAGACCAUACGCCUCCCACGCCCAUCGUAUUUUUAUUUACAAAUGUUGUGUUCUGCUCCUCAUCACAAGGGAUCCCUGUAUUAUUAUUUUUUGUGCUGUGGAGCAACUUCUUCAUUUUAUUUUAUUUAUACUUUUCAGAUACAUACAUUUCACUGUUUUUACAAUAAGGAUUAUCGGAUGUGAUUCCUGUAAUUGUGCAUUGCAACAAUGUAAAAUAAUGAAAUGCAAUUAAACCAUAUAGCUCACACUAAUGAGAGAAGCCCAACACUACCUAGAGGGUCACAGGCAGAAAUGACACGGGUGAAGUUCAUUCUCUUUUUGACAAUGUAUUUAAUAAAUAAUAAUAAUCCAACGACUGCCUUGGACUCUAAUGGAAGAAAUUGGAAUUGUAGCCUGAAGUAAUAAAUUGCUUUAUCUGUGACACUUGGAUUCAGGAAAACUAUUCUCAGUCCUAAAUCAGGAGGGUCAGUGUGGUAUAAUGGGUAGAGUGUUGGAUUCUGACCAGAGAGACCCAGGUUCAAAUCCCUUCCUAGCAAUGAGCUCACUGUUUCACUGUCCUAAUCUGCAAACCAAAUGUUUUUAAGGUAUAAGGGCAAAAGUGUGUGCAUGUUUAGCUCUGAUUUCAUUGGAAGAAGAAUAAGGGGGGGGGGAACCAUCAUGAAUCAUAAUGAAUAAUAAAUGUGGUGGUUCUACUUGUGAAUAUGUCUCAUCUGUUUGAGUAUACUUUGCUUCCAACUACAGAUAAAUUCCCAGCUGGGCUGUCCCAUCAGCCAGUUUCAGUUUUGCAUAGUUCAACUGCCACCACACCGUUCCCUGGCAGGGUCAGGCACCCCCUAGAUCUCAAAAAAACUUAACUAAUUAAUGCAUUAUACCACCCUCUACCCGCAGGUCUCAGGGCGGUUCACAGAAUAAAAUCAAAAUACAGUGGUACCUCAGGUUACAUACGCUUCAGGUUACAGACUCUGCUAACCCAGAAAUAGUGCUUCAGGAAAUCAUGGGGCGGCAGCAGGAGGCCCCAUUAGCUAAAGUGGUGCUUCAGGUUAAGAACAGUUUCAGGUUAAGUAGGGACCUCCAGAACGAAUUAAGUACUUAACCCGAGGUUCCACUGUAUAAAACCACCAAAUACAUGUUGUUGUUGUUGUUGUUGUUGUUGUUGUUGUUUAGUCAUGUCCAACUCUUCGUGACCCCAUGGACCAGAGCACGCCAGGCACUUCUGUCUUCCACUGCCACAGUUUGGUCAAACACAUGGUGGUAGCUUCGAGAACAUAACCAAAUAAAAACAACAACCCAAUAACCCCUCCCUCCCAACCCCCCCAACCCCAUUUUAAAAGGGCAUAGGAUCCUUAAAUCAACAAGCUGAUUUGAGAAGAAAGUAGGGAAGAGUUGUAGGAGAGGAAUCCCCAAUAAGGUUCACACAAGAGCUGUAACUAAACAACCAAAAGGGUUUCCGGUAGUUAUACGCAAAGUGUAAAGGUAAGGAUAGAAAGUAUAACCAUACAGAGUAGUCUCUUGAAAAAAGACUGAGUGCUGCCCUUCCAGUAUAAUAGGGCUUGUGCUGGAUCUGCCGGCUCCUUUGAAAGCCACCUCCACCACCUAUCCUUGCAAAUUUCCAAAACAAGCUAACUGCACUUGAGAGCUCUGUUCUUCUCCUGCUUCCAUUCUCUGUUGUAGAGGGAACUUCCUUCGUGACAGGCAGCUCCUAAGACAGAGGAAGCAUUUAAUUGGAGCUAUUGAGGCAUAUUUUUCUUUGGUUGGGGCUAUCCUAAACACAGGCUUCUGUCUCUUGUAACUGAAAAAUCGAGGGGGGGGGCUUUUCAGGUUGCAGAAGGUGCAAGUGGAGGUCAUGCCAUUGCUCACCUGCACACCUGCUCCACUAGGCAGAGGACAAGCCAGAAUCAUACCGCAAAGUACCAAGACCAAGUUUAGAAGCCAACUUUCCUUUGCUGCAAUAUAUGGCAUCUAUACAGCACAGAAGAAACCUGGUUAUCAUUAUGCAAAAAGGACUUGGGAUAAUCCAAGGUGUGAGCCAGGAGGGUCUGUACUUGUAUAGGCCACAAGUGAACAACAUGUAUCAUUAUUUACUAAAAUCACGUUGCACAAAAUACAGUAGGGAGAUAGAACUCGUAGAACAACAGCCGUCAAAAACCGUAUCUACUGUGUUAAAGAUAUGGGAAUGUAAUGAAGCCCACUAUUUCACCUGAUUUUAAAUCAGACUUUGACAUUUGGUGCUGGAAAAACAACCUAAUUAGAUAGAAAGAUUAAUAAAAACCAGAAAUAUGAUCAAUUACUCAACAAUUAGAAACUAUUUGCAUCCUGAGAAUUUAUUAUGGUUUAAAUACUUCAUAUACACUGUGUUGUUACAUUACGUUUAAGAGAUUCUUAAGAGAUUUAAAAGAAUUUUAUAUUUAAUAGGUUCUUAAGAGAUUUAACAGUUUGAGGAUACUGUCCUAAAAAAGAUAAAAAUUGUUUUGAAUUUAUUUUGUGAAACAGAGGUAUGAUUGUGAAUGAGAAUCCUCAUUACAUGAUUAAAUGGGUGCGGGAUACUGGAAAUAGGAUCCCCAUGGAAAUCAGGAAAUUGCUAGAGCUCAUUCUUUUUGUUAAAUCAAACUAUAAGAGAAAACUGCUUGAAAGUAAUGUCAAGGUGGUAUUUAACUUCAGUUGUACUAAGUGUGAUGAAUAAGGAUAAGGAAGUUACAAUAACAAUAACAGUUAGAUGUUAAUUUUGUAAAUUUCUAUGUUAUGAGUUCUUCUGCUAUUGUUACUAAAUUACACUUUAAUCCAAAGAGAAUAUUUAGACUACAACUAAUCUAGAGAUGAUCAUUGCAGCGAGGAUGUUGUUUUCCCAGAAACUGAAAACUCACCUAUUGCCUCCUCAUAUUAGUGACAGAAUAAAUAAGCUUUGGAAAUUGGCUGUGAUGUCAAAAUUAAAAUAUUACUUAAUAUUGAAAUAAACAGGAUAUGGACAAAACAAUUUUCUUUAAGUUUGGUCCCCGUUCUUACUGUAUUGUCAAAGAAAUUCUUGUCCCCCAACAUUUCAGUAUAGUUUUAUAUGUUUUAAGUUACGUAUUAAUGAUAAUUUAAUUGUUCUGCUUAAAAAUGAUUUAAGAAGCUAUAUUAUUUGAAAUGCAUGUUCAGAAGGAUUGAUAAUAUUAUUAAUAGCAUUAUUGUUAUCAGUGUAUUUUUCUUGUUGCGUUCUAUGGCGCAAAAAUGAAAUGUUACUGUUCAGCCAUUGCACAGCAAAUUCCCCCACCCUUACAAGUGGGCGCUGAGGUGCUAGUGGAGAGCAGCCAUGGGCAAUGUGAGUAUAAUUGAUGAAAUGUAACAGUUCGCAAGGAUGGGCUCUCCCAAUUUGCUACAUGAAAUGUUGCAGCCGUGUUCUGGUUUGAAUUUAAACAUUUAAGAACUCCUUAAGCUGGCAAAUGGAAUGUAACUCAGUACGUAUUUCCCCUUGCUUGCUUUAUUUAAUUAAUUUCUGUCCCAGAGCAGGGUCACCUAAUGAAAUAGAAACUUGUUGCAUGCUGCUAUCGUAUCACGUGACCAACACUAAAGUUCUCAGCAUUGUAGUACCUAACUGUUCCUGCAAACACCACAGUCAAUACUGUCUGCACCUCCUCACAAGCCCUCCCUACCAAAAGAAAUGAGAUUUUAACUGGUAGCUAAAACCACAUAAAAUUGGUGUCUGUCACAUUUCAGGUGGGUGAGAGGGAAUUCCAAAACUCAAGUGCCACCACAGAAAGGCCCCCGCUUGUUUUUUGUUUUUGUUUUUUGUAAUAUGUAUAGGCUUAUAUUGGUAGGAUCUGUCUUAUAUUGAAUCAGUCCAUUGGUCCAUCUAACUCAGUAUUUAAUAAAAAUAAAAAUAAUAAAAUUUUAUUUAUAUCCCAUCCUCCCCAGCUAAAGCUGGGCUCAGAGCGGCUAACAACAAUAAAAGUAACACAGCAUUCUAAAAUCAAUUCAUUUUAAAAUCAGUUCAAAAUCAAAUUAAUGGCAACCAUUGGGCUAGAGUUCUGUGAGGAUUACCAAAGGAGGAGGUCAGACUGUGCCUUGGCCAAAGGCCUGGUGGAACAGCUCUGUCUUGCAGGCCCUGCGGAAAGAUGUCUGUCUGCGCUUUCUAGCAGUGGGUCUCCAGGUAUCUUCACCAGCCUUACCUGGAGAUGCCAGGGACUGAUGCAUGCAAAGCAGAUGCUCUCCCACUCAGCUCUGACUCUUCCCCACUUAAAUUUUGAUUAAUACAACUUAUGCCUUAUAUUAAUGAAUGGAUGCUUACAAGUCUAGGGGCCAUAAUAACGUUCAAGACAAUGCAAUAUACAAAACUGUACUACCAGGAUGAACAGACGGGACACUGGUCUUCAGUUGGUGGACUAGGACUUACUACCGGGUUGUGACUUGACCUAAAGUAGGUUGCAACAGCAAUACUACCAUCAUACCAGUAUAGGAUAUAUUCUAGGAUUGCCAUAUGUCCGGAUUUUCCUGGACAUUACCGGGAUUUCAAAGUCCAGGGGGGGGGGGUGUGAUUUCCAAAAGGCAGCGCUUUGUCCUGGAUCUUAGGAGUCAAUUGAAAAAUCUUGUUUUUUGGCUCAAAAAAACUCAACAACUUUGGGGUUUGUCUAAAAAAAGUGCAGCUACGCUGCUGAUUUUCAACAUACCGUAUUUUUCGCACCAUUGGACGCACUUUUUUCCUCCUAUAAAGGAAGGGGAAAUGUCUGUGCGUCUUAUGGAGCGAAUGUGUGGUCCCUGGAGCCAAAUCGCUGUUGCCCUGCGCUGCUGGGGUGCUCUUUGGUGGUGGUGGGAGGAGCCACGGUGCUCUGCCGGCAGCCUCCGCUUUCCCCUGAAGCCCCGGCAACGUUUGCAAGCAGCGGGAAGGCUGUGAGCUCCUGGGCUGCUCUUUGGGGGUGGGGGGGGGAGGAGCCAAGCGGCUCUGCCGGCAGCUUUUGCAUUCCCCUGAAGCUCCGACAAGGUUUGCAAGCAGAGGGAAGGCUGUGUGUUCCUGGGGUGCUCGUUGGGGGUGGGGGAGGAGCCAGACUGCUCUGCCUCCAGCCUUUGCUUUCCCUGAAGCCCGGACAAGGUUUGCAAGCAGAGGGAAGGCUGUGCGCCUUGCCCUGCGUUCCUGGGCUGCUCUUUGGGGGUGGGGAAGCCACAUUGCUCUGCCUAUAGCUUUGCAUUCCCUUGAAGCCCCUGCAACGUUUGCAAGCAGAGGGAAGGCUGUGAGCUCCUGGGGUGCUCUUUGGGGGUGGGGGGGAGGAGCCAAGCGGCUCUGCCGGCAGCUUCUGCUUUCCCCUGAAGCCCGGACAAGGUUUGCAAGCAGAGGGAAGGCUGUGUGUUCCUGGGGUGCUCGGUGGGGGUGGGGAGCAGCAAAUUGCUGUCUCUCAGUGCCUCCUAAUUCCACUGCAAAGGAUUGCCUAACCGGAUUCUGAGCUCCAUUUGAACUUUAAAAAUAUUAAGUUUGGGGAUUUCUUCAAGUAGCAGUUUUGCAGAAAUAGUCAUAAAUACAUGCAAAGCAUUUCCACAAUCCAGUAUUAGUGAGCUCAGCUAAAACUGAGCAGGCAUCUGGCUCAGUAACAGUUUAAACUACACAACUAUAACCAGACAUCCUGUGUGUUUGUGUGUGGACCAUGUUCCUAGCAGCUAAUCUUUAUUGCUGAAAAGAGGCACUGAUAUUCCACUCCAAAUCUAUAAUUCAUUAUACAAAUUCUUACAAGUACAGUCCACCUAUACCAAACCAAAAACAUUGUGUUCUCUUGUUAUUGAAUGGAAGCUAUUUAUCUGCCCUCUUUUCCUCCUCUGUUCUUUGCUCAGUCACACCAUUUUGAAUCUUCCUUUCAAAACAACCAUGCCUGUUUUGAGAAAACUUCAGAGAUUUAGGAACUGGAGCACAAUCAUUUGAUCUCUUUGCUGUUCCUCCAUACUCCAAGCACUUCUCAUUUGCACAGCCCUGGUUUCUCUCCCUAUUAAUAUUCUUGAUUAAUAACAGUAAAAUGCUCAAAUUUUAAUUUUUGUGACUGCUGCCAAUACUGACUUCCCAGCGAUAAUGAAAACAGCUACAUUAUAAUGGAAUGUCUGUCCUUUUUCCAUUCUCUUCAUUAUAUAUCGUGGCUCGCUUUAAAGCAGCAAAGUGGACAGGAGCCACCCACUUUGCUGUUUUAAAUAGUUUAGUACAACAUUUGAGUCAGAUUUUUUCUUCUUAUUUUCCUGCUCUAAAAACUUGGUGCGUCUUUUGGUCAGGUGCGUCCUAUGGAGCGAAAAAUACGGUAAUUGUAGUAAAUUAGGGAUCAAAAUAAUGCUUGCAGUGUCUUGCAGCUUUAAUACAGAAUUACCUGCAAAUAAUUAAGUAAACAUCUCUUACUGUAAAAUCCUAUACUUGUCUGCUCAGAAAUAAGCCUCUUUGAGUUUGCUUCUGUUUGACUAAAAAAUAAUGUGUGUAGGUGGUUCCCUGUGUGGACAAUUCACCUACAGGGGUCGGGUCUAAAAGCAAGUGUGACAGAGACAGAGAGAGCACUCUCUCUUGCCUAGUCACCAGCUUCUAACAGUUUCACUCUAGCUGGUGGAACCUGGAGGGGGGAGCCCCAGUUUAUGCAAAAUCUGCCUUGUGAAGGCAGAUUGAUCAUCCUGCUAAUGCUCUGCUUAUAUAUUUCUAAGUAAUGCAAAUAUUACAAAUACGCCAUAAACCUCCAGUGCCCUUCUCAUCCAAAUCCCUGGUGUUCUGCCUCUUGAACACCUCAUAUCUUGGAACUAGGGAGCACGUGACAAUACUUAAAAGUAGCUGGGCAGGCUAAUGUAUUUAUCUGUCAUGGAUGAAAAAUACUAUCCAGGUUAAAAGAGAAAAGCCAAGAAAUCACUUUUCCCAGUACCAUUUUCUAUUCCUGGAAAGUGGGAAGAGCCACUGAGCUCUGCCUCCCUAGGACUCAUCAUUGUCCUUGUUUCUGCAGUGGUUUUCAGGCCUUGAAAGCUCAUAUUUAACUACAUAAAAGAUGGUUGGGAUAUCACCAAAGAAAUGCCCUUGUGUUGCAUCAGGACAAGAUGCCAUUGGUUCUAUAACUGGGGCUUGCUUUUUAUGACAGAGUGCUACUGGUAAGGGGUAAUACAAGGAAUUAUAGGAAGGACCCUUUAUUUCUUUUGGCAUGAGACCUUCGUUUGUUGCUGUUGAAAGGCCUGGAUAGUUCAGUUGGUUAGAGCGUGUUGCUGAUAACACCAAGGUUGCAGGUUCAGUGCCCGUAUGGGACAGCUGCAUAUUCCUGUGUUGUGGGGCAUUGGACUAGAUGAUCCUUAGGGUCACUCCCAACUCUUAAAAUUUUAUGAUUCUAUGAAAGGCUAUGGAAAAUAUUUCAUAUCUGAAUUCAGCACUUCAGAUAUUGGACAGCAAAAAAGGCAUCUCUUUGUCAGAAACUUUAGCUUGUGACUUGUUGGGAAUAGGCCCUCUUUUGAAAUCUUUGGGACUUUCUUUUGGGUAGAUCUGUAUAGCUAGACAUGCAAGGCACAGAACGCAAACUGAAGUAAGAAUAUGUGUCACAUUGUAGCCUGAAAGAUUUGACUACUAGAUGGCUAACUCCUUAAAUUGCUCUCUAGCAAAACUGUUGAGUAGAUCUACAAGAUUUCACCUUCCAACUUCUUUUCCACCCUCCCAUUUCUUUUUCUUGUUUCUUUCCAGGGAGACAACUCCAGUAAUCUGUUUAUGGAAUAAUUAGACUGCUGAGAAGCUUUGUUAAUAUGAACACAGGACAAAUAAAGUAGUGCAUAAGGAUGGCUCUUUGCCAAGCUUGAGCCAUUACUGCUUUGCCAGUGAUUCUUCUGUUCCUUUGGCAGAGUGCUUGAUUGAAAUUACAGUUGUCUUACCCACUGAUUAUCUUGGUAAAAGAAAAACAAAUCUGUCUAGCCAUAUCUUACAGGAUUCCAUAAAAGCCAGAAGAUAACUGUCUUUUGGACCAUUGUUUUGAGCAGAAAUUGUAUUCGCUAGUAGGCAUUGAUGGCAAUCGCACUAGGGUUUUAAGAGGGAGGAAGUAAAUUGCUCAGCCAAAACUGUCAGCCAGGCUUUUUAAAUGGGCUGUCUUAGUCAAUAUGGUAGGCAAAUAUGCUAAAAAGCUUUGAGUCCUCAUAAUCUGAAGUUUUAAGAAUUGGUCAACAUUUACCAAGAACGGUGUAGAAUUUCUUUAAAAAUAAGUGUUUGCACGCAUGCUUUCAAUACAGUAUAUGGUACUAAGACUGUAGUCUUGUAAAUUAGUUAUACUGAGUUCAGUGAGACUUAUUCCAAGUAAAGGUGCUUAUGAAAUGCAACCUUAAUAUAUUCUCAGUGCACUCAAGAAAUAUAUAUUUCUAUCAUUAUUUUUUUUACAUCUGUUAGCUAACACAUGAAAAAGGAUGUGAGCCAGAUUGGAUUUGAGUGUGUGAAAUUUGGCCUCUUGGAUGUCCUGAGUUUCAUUCGCUUCUGAAAAAUCAGGUGCAUGAAAAUAUUGAAAAUUAAGUAACCUGUUUUACUGAAGGUUUAGGCACAUAGAAUUCUAGAGGAGUAGACUCUCUUUACAGCUCCUUUUCUCGUCCUUCUUCCCAUUCCACCCCUGUUUUCUUUGCCAACACUUACCAUAAGUGACCUAGACCUAUCUUCCACCUUCUUCGUCUGUGUGCUUGCCAAAAUAUCAUAGGAACACUUUACCCGAUUAUUAGUUAUAUUAGAUGGGGAUAUGUAAAUAAAAUACGUCUUGUAUGUUUAAAGGCAGGCAUUUUGAAAAACAAACUAUUACAGUGGUACUUCGGGUUAAGUACUUAAUUCGUUCUGGAGGUCCAUUCUUAACCCAAAACUGUUCUUAACCUGAAGCACCACUUUAGCUAAUGGGGCCUCCUGCUGCCUCUGCGCUGCUGCUGCACGAUUUCUGUUCUCAUCCUGAAGCAAAGUUCUUAACCCGAGGUACUAUUUCUGGGUUAGCGGAGUCUGUAACCUGAAGCGUCUGUAAUCCAAGGUACCACCAUACUUGCUUCAUUGUGACAUCUGUCUCAGAAAACCAAGUUUCUUGGAAAACAAUAGUCCCUAAUGAGAAUUUAUUUACAGAGCAGAUGCCAGAUAUUUACAGAGCAAUAAUUAAUCUUGCCACAUUACUUCUUUUCUAGAAUAGUGCUCUUCUUCUUCUUCUUCUUCUUCUUCUUCUUCUUCUUCUAGAAUAGGGAUGUGGCCCUGCAGAUGCUACUGGGCUAUAAGUCCCAUCAUCUCUCCUGCUGGCUGAUGCUGGUGAGAAUUGGAAUCCAACAUCUGGAGGAUCACAAGUUUCCUACCACUACUUUAGAGCUUUAUGUUUGAAAGGAACAAAUAAAUUUCACUCAUAUAAAUCACAAGCGCCAGAUCCCUGGAAGUGUUCCAGUAGUAUUUAACUGGAAAAUUAAGUGGAUUGUCUUAUGUUAACAUGUAUUAAAUUUUAAAAUGUAUUGGAGUUUAAGAUGCAUUUUAGCACCACAGCAAUAGCCCUGUGAGAUGGGUUAUGCAGUUGGGACAGUAUAAUUUACCCAAGAAUUCAAGUGAGCUCACAUCUAUAUAUGUGUUUUUCUACAGUUAUAUCCUGCCUAUCUAUCUUCUGUCAGUGAAAUAAAGGCAGCAUAAAAAGAGUUCCCUGGUAGUGUCUCAACCAGGCACUGAGGAGUCCAGACUGUCUUAGCUUCAGCACGGUGGCCAUAUUCUGUGCCUUGAUCCAUGCUGUCCAUUUUAUUUUGAGGUUUGUGAUCUGUGUUUCCCUUCCCUAGACAUUAAGACUGAUCUGCACUACCACAACAGCGCAGAGGAAAAAUGUUGCCACUUCAGGACCUGAAAGGUACACAGAAGCUUUUAUCAAAAAAGAGACUGAAGAUUUCAACAUAGGAAAGAGACAUUUAGCCAACAUGAUGGGAGAAGAUCCAGAAACUUUUACCCAAGAGGAUAUUGAUGUAAGUAUGGUUGCUCAGUUGGAGAAGUAAUUUACUGCAGGGUUUCAGAAUUGAAAGCUCUUUGCUUCAGCAUGAGCCCCUCAGCUCUCCGUGAAUUUUAAUCGAACUGUCAGCGUACAAGCGAAUGCUGCUAUACAUAGAAAACAUUGCAACUGUGGCUCUGAAUAGAGAUUCUACCCCUACUACUGUGCGAGGUCAGACAUCACACUGCAGAACUCUAUACUAUACCUUGCUAAAGCACAGCAGGUUCUUUUUAAAACUACUAAUGGAUAAUCCCCUUGAUCUGAGGUCGUAAGAACCACUAUCAAGGUUUAUAUAGCAUUUGGAAGCAUUUACCCGUAAUUUGACCUGCUGGGUAGACUUAUGCUGGGGUUUCAUGUAUGAUACUAUAACAGCUAGCAUUGGCAAGUGACCUUUUUCAACACUUAGGGCCAACACUUGGGUUGCAACUCUGCAUGCUUAUUUUGGAGCAAGACCUACAGGAGGUUAUUCAGAGUAAACAUGCCUGUUCCGCUUUUGAUUUGUGACUUCAAGUACAUAUUUGACAUUGAGCUUUAAUUCUUUCUGGUUGCCCCUGUGUUAGGUGCUUUGCUGAUCAAAUAAAAUUUAAAAAAAUCAUUGGAACUAAUAUCUCCUUCUUCCCUCCAAUCUAAUCUCUCCCACCCUACCACAUUCUACCCUGUGUUAUUUUUUUGAUGGUAUGGCACAAAAUGUCAGUAGUUGUGAGCCGCUGCAGUUUAAUGUAAUUUCCACAUAAAGAAGCAGAAUGUGUCUGAAUACUGGGUGCUGUGACAAGCAAGAUGGAAGCACACUAACUUACCUACAAAUGUUGAAAAGCAAGCUGUGUAGAUGGCCAUGGUUGAAAACAAAAUAUUGCACAACUGUUCUGAUCUAGCAGGGCAAUUUUAAUUCUCCUUGUUGUUUCAGUUUUUUAAAAUAGUCUUAUCUUCCCCCUUGGUCCUAUCCUUUUUCCUGAUUCUUUCUAGAAUAGCACAUGCACCUUGCUGGUUGGUUCUACAGUGUACAGCCAAAAGCUCUUGUGCUACUGGGACAAAGGGAGAGAUUUAUAAUAUGCCACCCCCCAGUACAAAUUUAUUUAUUAGACUGGUUCAAGUUUUGACCUCCACAUUGCAUGCCUCAGCAUGAAGCCAUGUUUAUAUGGAGUUGCAUUGAUCUCUGAGCAGCUUUGAUGUAAAGGCACAAACUAGAGAGUCUGUGUCAGCAUUAAAAGCCUUAUGAUAAGCAAGUCAGUUCUUUAAGCUUGAAUUACUUGCAUUUCCUCAUGUUUAUUAACUUCGUUAAGGCUAACAGACCAAUUCAAUGCUUGUUGACCUCCCCUGAGAUUGAAGGGAGAUUGUUAAGAUUUGGGGCACAAGCUCAUGGCACAGAUUUGGCUCUGGUCAGUUUAAAAUGGUGGGUGAUUCUGUAAGCCCAAAAAAUCUGGGACUCAAGACUCCUGUGCUACUCCUAACAAUGCCGCUGGUUCAAAACACAUACCAGGGCGCUUUUCUCUCUGAUCCUAGGUAGCAUGUGCCACAGCAGCCAGGAGGUGUUAGUGAUGUAGCCCAAACAAGUCAGUGAUGACUCCAACAUUCUUUCUGCAGAAAGGAAGACUGGCCUGGAAAUGAGGGUAUAACAACUAAUACGUAUGAUGGAGAAGUUUUGAUUUAUACUAGCCAGGGGCAGUUACUCCAAUUCAUCCUGCAGUGGGAAAUUUCAGCAGCCCAGACAAAGUGAUUGCCAGCAUCCCUAUCUGAAUGCUGGGACUGGUAAAAAUCAAAACGGAAAGUGUUACUUUCCCUUGUGUAUUUGCAAAAACAGGGGACGAAGCAGUGGGCAAGAAUGGGGCAGUUGAACUCAUUCCUUGCCUGCUUUCUUCCCUCAGUCCCCUAACUUGGUUGCCUGCCUGCCUCUCCCUCCCACCUUUGUAAGGGAUAAGUUCUGAUCUUGAAAUCAGGCCAAGGAAAAAGGAUUUGGGGAAGAGAUCAUUCAUUCAUUCAUUUUGCAGGGAGGAGGCAUGGGUAGAGUGUGACACUCUUUGCUCUUUUCUCUGCAAAAAAUGAUCUCCCCACCACACUGCUGCUUUUAUAUGUAUUUACUAGUGCCUUGUGUUUUAGAACACAGCUUGCCUCCAAACAGUCUAGUUAGAUAGACUCUUAAACUCACACAUGCCAGUUCUUCCCCAGCAGUUCCUUCCAAUAAUAUUAGAUGCUUUUAGGGGGGGGGGAAGUCACCUGAAACUAUAUUGAGCCCUAAUAUGACGUAAUCUUAAGAUCCUGUACCAAACCCCAACUUUGUGGCCAAGAAACACAGGAGGUUUUAGAUACAACUUUGUGAAUUAGGAGUUAGGCCCAAGUCUAGUUUAUUGCAAACUCCCUCCUCAAGAAAACUUUUCCUUGAGAAAAAUGAGGUAUAUCCUGAAAAAUCUCAUUUUCUCCUUCUUGCAGAUGUCAGGUAUAAGACCAGUUCAACACGUUAUCUUUUUUUAAAAAAGGGAAGACAACAAAGAACAACAUUUUACUUAGCAAAGCAUAGUACUUGUAAUGCUUGUUCAAAUAACACCAGGUGUUGUAAAUACUUAGGCUGUAUAACAGUGUCUGCUAUGCAUAAUUAAAUUUCUGUUAUAAAAAUAUAAAAGCCGCUUAGCACUGGCAGCAGAAUUAUCAGGCUUUACACUUGGAAUGGUAAUAAUUCCUUCUGAUGAGUACUUAUGCAUCUCCUGUCGUCUACUGUUAAUCAGUGUGUGUUGUGCAUUUCCAAAGUAGACAUCCUAGGGUUCUUUUUCUUACUGGCAUUUUGGAUGUGUGUGUUUUGAAACAAGUCAUACAGAGAAAUAUGUUAACGGGGUUGUCAUUGCUUUCACAAGAUUUUUUUUUGCGCAGAGUAGUGCUUUCCUGGUGGUUUUAUUUUUUAGAAAUAAAAAGUUAAGCUAUAAAUUACAACUGUGUGUCUUGGGGAGAGGCGGGGGGACUCCAGUAAAUUGAUAUAUAACUCUGCAGAAGUCUACCAAUUGCUUUUUAAUUGGUAUUAUAGACCGUGCUCUGAAAUCCGGAUGUUUUAUUCUCCUAUGUGUGAAUAUGCAGUAUGAAGUUUCUCUAAUUGAUUCGCUUUGCCCAUUCCAUUUGAUGUAUCAUUUUUCACAAUAUUUCAUAAUUUGUGCUCAUUUCUAAUGAACAGAGUCGUUAGGACAGGCAUGUCUAAGUACAACUGACAGCUAACAUUAGGUGCCAGAUGCAGUUUAUAAAGCUAUGUAGAACUGUAGAGAACAGUUUAAAUAAAUUAGCACCUGUACAUUAGUCUCACUUGCUGGUAAUUUAUAAGCGAAUCAGUAGAGAUGACAUUUAGGUAAGUCAUUGAUCAAGUUAACAGCUGCAUACCCGCUGCCCAGCUGGGAUACCUAAUUAAUAGAGAUUGCAGUCCUGACCUAGUGCUUUUCCCUGGGUUGAGAAUGUAAUCCUUUUAUUUUGUGAUUUCAUUUUUAAUGUAUGGUGCAAACACACCUUAGCUUUGAACAGUUGGACGAUAUUAACAUAUAACCAUUCAAAAAAAGGUAGCCCAACCAGUACCCAAGCCAACUUGGAAUGAUAUUUUAUAAUCCAUUAAAUGCAGUCACAUCAUCCUGUUAUUUAUUUUGGACCUCUGUUGAAGACCGCUUCCUUGUUCAAAGCUUGAUAAAGAAAGGUGAGAGUUGUUGGUAUAUGUGAGCGCUAAAUAAGUUUGUGGAUAGGGUAAGCCAAACUUCUGGAUUGUACUGAUUUGCAGACUGCCUGUAGCAUUUCAUGGAAUCAUAGAAUUGUGGAGUUGGAAGGGACCACGAGGUUCAUCUAGUCCAAUCCCCUUUUUGCCCAUUGUGGGGCUAGAACCCACAACCUAAUGCACAGUGACCUAAUGUCUAAUACAUAAAUGUAAAACAAAUGUUUUAAGAAACUAACUUCAUUGACAAAUGCCUUUUUCCAAGAGGCAGAGCAGCAUAGUUCUCUCUGACGAAUAAUUUUAUUGCGUAAAGCAUAUUUAUUAAAAGGAAUAAAAGGUGUAGGGAAAGCUUCCUUUGCUCCAAAAGAACAUGUCUCUCCCCCCCCCUUUUUUCCUUUUUUGCUGCAAAUCUACCAAGGGGGAGGUUUAUGAUACCUUGAUUUUUAUUACAAAAUAUAAAGUAGCUGUAGGUUGCUUUUGAAGGGAGUUGGAAGAAAGUUGGAGGAGAUGUUUAUAACACCUGCCGGCUAAAACUUACAUUUUAGAAGAGAAUAAAACAUCAGUUGAGAGACUCCUAUAAGAAAGCAUGAAAAUACUUCAAAUUUUUAUAUAUUGCCUAUACAUUUGGCUGGUAACAUAAUAUCAUUUUUUAUACCCAGUUCUAAAUAAAAAAAACUGGGGUUCGUGCAGUUAUGUGAUGAUAUCACCUGGAAACAGAACAUCAGACCUAGUUUGUAUUUGAAAAUGAAUUAUGUGUCUUCCUCUUGAUAACAUUUUCUUGAAGCCAAAGUAUCUAUUUUCUUUCCAUGUGAGGCUAUAGUAAUUCCUGCUUCCUUCAGGGUCCAUCAGAACAUGUGAUUGCAGCUUACUUAAAAAAGGGUGCCAAAGUCUACAUUAAUUUUAUCCUUAACGUUUAUCCAGAGUAACGUUUUUGUGUAAUUUGGGUCCUGAAUGUAUGGGAGUAUAUAACACCCGCAGCAGUUUUAGCCUAUCUAUUCAUCUUUCUUUUCUGCUCAUAUAUGAUUUGGCAUGUAUAGGUCCAUUUCUCGAGAUCCGUUUCAGCUGAAUGUUCAGCAUAGCAUAAGCUGCUGUCUCCCCACCCCAAUAUCAAAUUGGAAUAUAAAUAAUAAUUAUAAAGGAACACAUUUUUAUGAAACAAAUCAAACACAAAUUAGACGAGUACAUAUUACUAACUUUACAAUAAAAUAAUAUCGGGUCAUUUAGAAUUCUAUAGCCCACCUUCAGACUUAAGAUAAGCUCUGCUGCUGCUUGCACAUUUAUCCAAAGAAGAGACAGACAAUCAGAUUAAUCAAAACUGAAAAACUGUGUUGCCAUAGUUGCAUAUGAAUCAAACUAUUUUUUUUUUAAUUGUGACUAGUAUUGAAUACAUAUGCGUUAAACAUUUGGUAAUUAAUAUUUUCAAGACACCUGUAAUUUGGACUGGAUGGUUUCUUUCAGCUUCUUUAGUUGCUUGAACAGAAUUAUUUGAGUGGUAGUCAACUAAGCCGUACUCAGUGUAGGCUGUUUCAAUUCGUGUAAGCUGCCUUGAGUUCCAAUGUGAGGAAAGGGGGGGGAUAUAAAUAAAUAAAGUAAUAAAAUAAGAGAAAUUACUGAACAUGACUAAGUUAGGUCCAUUAACAAUAAUAAUAAUUUUAUUAUUUAUACUCCACCCCGGCCACAUUAAUGGCAGUGGGAUUACUUUAAGUAAAACUGAGUUGAAUGCCACACCUUUUCUUUAAAGUCUCAAUUAAAAAAUGAAUUAGAACUUUUUGGUAGAGAAGAAAUGAGAGGUGAGCCAUCAGGAGUUUGUUUCUUUUUCAUAGAAGGAAGAGACUUUAAAGUGUUAUUUGUAGAGUGAUUGUAUGCAUUAGUCACCAGCACUGCUCUAGUAGUUGCAGGUUACUUUUUGGAAAACGUAACUGCUUGCUACUGAAGUGCCGGCCUCUAAUCUUGGCACAGGCACAGCAUGUUUUGUCUCUUUUAGGACCCUAAGACACCUGGAGAAAUACAGGGGCCUCCAAAGAUUUUCAUCAUAUUAAUACUGAACCACAUUUUGUAAAACAAAGCACCUUCUUACUUGCGCUUGCGUGCCACAGUUUCUCUCUUAUUUCAUUCAGCAUCAGGAUCUUGCAUUGUACCAAAGAUCACAUCUGAGGCUUUCUGCUGUGAUUUUAACCAUUUUAAAGUUUUCUUUAAAAAACAAAAAAGUGUUGUGGUCUGGGCACCAAUUGCAGUAGCCUUGCUGAAGCUAAGCAUCACCAGUGACGGGACUGCUAAAGAGCCCUAUGUACAUACCACAUAUCGUGUCAUUGAUGACACGAUAUGAAUGAAAACAUUAGAAUUUUCAUUGGAAGCCACAUAAUAAGGUGAAAAGAGGCGUGGAUCUGUAGAACAGUAACGGGGUUGUGACUUAAGAUUUCAGCAUCCUAAUAGCACUAAUUGAAGGAGUCCUGAUGUUGGCACAUGCUAGAGCUAGUUUUCUUAUGCUAGCAUUGCACAGUAAGUUACCUUUAGGUCGUUGUCCUUUAGAGUGCCAUAUGUUUGCAUGAUAGAUAUGAGCAGCACUAGCAGCUGGAUCUUCCUGUACCUGCAGUCUAGAUGAACAUGUCCUUCUUGCUAUCUCGGAUCACCCCAAAAGUAUGAUUUUUAAGAUUGCAGGUUAGCUCAGGUUGAGCAUGAUAAUUUUAUUCUCAGGGUUGUGAGUUUGAGCCCCAUGUUGGGCAAAAGAUUCCUGCCGUGCAGGGGCUUGGACUAGAUGAUCCUCCUGGUCCCUUCCAACUCUAUCAUUCUAUGAUAAACCAGCAGAAAGUUUUGCUGUUGGUGAAUCUUUUUGAUAGAAAAUUUAUUGGAAAUUCCUUCCUUGGGAUUGCAUGCGCAUGUGAAUCCAUUUUAGCCUUUUGGUUUCAGUUCAGAUUUUCAAUGAGGGGCCAAGUGGAUCUCUGACCGUUCAGUGAUGUGGGAAUGCCACCAAGAAAGAAGCAGAUCCUUGAAAAGUCUUGGGCAGAGCACUCAUAGUUUGUGCUCAUCAUUGCCUUUGCCUCGUUUUCUACCUCUUUAGCAUGUACACAGGCAAUACUCUGUUCUACUUUAAUUACAGAUAUGUAACAGUCAGUGUUUAUGCUCUUGUAGCUGAAAUUAUUGUUUGAAUCAUCAAGCAGAAGCUGGCACUGAAGAGACUACUUAAUAAGUAUACAUAGUCAGUCCCAGUAUUCCAUAAUAUAUUCUUUUGAUAUGUUAUUUUAUAUGGUGUUUAAUAUCCGUUGGCUUGCAGUGGGUUUUUCUAUUGUCAUUAUAAUUAAUCCCCAUUUGUUCAAAAAUGAAUGUUCACCUACUCUGUAUAUGUACAAUAUCCCCAUUGACUAACAAAUGGGAAUUCAUCAAGUCACUAAGAGAAUCAAAAUACCAUUCCAGAAAAUCAAGUUAAUCCUUUCUGUUUGCUGCUGAAUUCUCAGAAUUUCUGUUUGGAAUGCCAAUAGGGUAUUAAUAAAGUAAUAGGUGAGGUCUUUAUACACUCCACGCAUAUUAAGUGGUUUGAUAGCGUUGACAAACCAAUCUGUGUCCACAGAAAAUAUUAUCAGUGUGUAAUAGCCUUGAGUUAAUGUAACCAGCAAUACAACACAAUUCUUCAGAGAGAGAAAUAUUAACUGCAGACUUGAGACUUUUUCUUCUCAUUGUAGACAAAUUUUGCUUGCCCUAGUAUUUCUUUAUGCAACAGUUCAAGGUUCAGAAUCAUAAUGAAUUUUACAUAAUUUUAUGUAACCUCUGUGCUACGUUGUAUCGCAGGUAUGCUAUAUUAGAUAGCUUUAAAAUUAUUAAGAUGUCAUACUAGAUAUCUUCCUGACACACCAAUGUAAACACAUUAGCCCAACUCAGAGCUUCUUGCACUCUGCUGACAUGGAGCUCAGAGCUAUUACGGACUUCCUUGUUUGCUGAAAAGUUGGAAAUAGCUAGCACUUGCAAGCGCUUUCACCUGCAGCCUGAACCAAGUGGGGAAAAUGCAUGCGUGUGCAUCAGACCUUAUGCAGACUUGAGGUGUCACAGAGUUGGAGCUAUUUUCUUACAAGUUGAUCUCAGUGGGUUGGAUCUAAACUGUUGGUGGAUAGAACUCGCUGGCAAAACCCACCUCCCACUCUUCAUCUGGAGCCUCCACUGGUUCUGUGUGUCCUCCAUGAAAAGACAAUGUCUUUCCUAUUUAAGGAUGGGUGUCUGGGCACAACACAGUGAAAUCAGGUACUUCUUUCCAGAAGCAUACACGCCAAUCUCUGAGCGGUGUGAGAUUCCAGGGGUUCCAGGCGCUUACCCAGGUUUUGGUUUCCUUGGAAUGAGGGAUAGCUGAUACUGUGGUGUCUUUAAGAUAUAAGGUUUAUUUACACAUAUAAACAACCUGAGCUUAUGAUGGAGGAACUCACAGCAUUAACACACCAAGAGGGCCUUGCUUCUCUCAUAGCCGCAGGCUUGGAUUCAAACCGGAAUCAGGCAUGGUUCUGUCUCUCCCAGCUGUCUGGCCUGCAGAAGUUAGAAGCUUAUUGCUUCCAGCUCACACACACAAAUCCCAACCCUGGCCUUUGCCUUUCUAACUACCAGUGAGUUGAGGGAGGGAGCUGUCUGGCACAGAGCCACUUCCUUUGUUACCUUAAUGGCCCAUCCUUACUUAGAUUUUAACCCUUGCUGGGUCCAGGAAUUAGAAGAGACUCAGGAUAUAGCCUCCCUCUCGCCCUGCAACUCACAACAAUGCAAAUCAUAAAAUUGGUGAUGAUAAAAAUGGCAGCAGCCAGUAAGAGUAUAUCAGGGCCAGUUAUUUUGACCUGCUAGAAGUCACAUGAUGAUGAUGUACUGAUGCUUUAGAGAAAGUUGCCGCUGAUGUCAAGGAUCACGAUAGGGCUCCUCCUCUCUCUGGAAGCAUAGGCCAAAGCAAAAUAAGCUUGUCUGGCAAACUCCCGCUGGCUGUUGGUAAAUGGCACUCUGUUCCCUUCUCCAGCAUCCUAAAGCAAACAGAGGGUAUUGGAUUAUACAUGUUCCCAAAUUAGAAAGGUAGUGUAUGAGUUUAACCUUGACAGUUAAUAUUAUCUGAGUUGAUGAAUUGUAGGCAAAUUUAUGUGGCUGGCUGAAAGGAGACCAUGAUCUGCCAGUAGACCUCAGAGUGAUUUGCAGCAGAUUGACAAGGGCUUCUGUCUCCCAAUCAUUGAACAAUGGCAAGAACACAAAUGGUACUUUCCAUCCAAAAUAAGACUGCUGAAACAAAGAAGGCUUAGGAGGAAAUCAGGAGUGAAUUUGUGUGUGAAAGGACUGUGAGUUUUGUUCUGGGGCUUAGCAUGUGCUCAGAGGCCUUGCUUCUUAAUAGAUACUGUAUGUCAGUCCAUCUGGCUCUCCACUGGUAUUUUUUACCUACCUCAACUUGGUGAUCCUUGGAGAUCUAGUAAAAAGAAAGUCAAAGGGUAGAGAUCCCACAGGCAUGAAGUCUACCCAUCUCUGUGCUAGAUUUCCUGAGACGGGAGCUCUAAUUUAUGAAUCUUAUGAUCAUCAAUAAAGGUUGUUUGUUGUUUUUUUAACAGAGUCUUAUUUUUCUCUUUCAGAAAGCUAUUGCCUAUCUCUUUCCUUCUGGUCUGUUUGACAAAAGGGCCAGACCUGUAAUGAAGGUAAGAACACAAUUCAGUGCUGUAGAUAUAAAGAGAGAUUUUGUAUCAGUUGUCCUAACAUUUUUCUAUUUUAUUAUAUUUUUAAACAGCAUCCCGAAGAAAUGUUUCCAAAGCAAAGAGGUAUGUGCAGGUAGACUGUGUAUGUGAAACCACUUAAGUUGUUUUCUGUUAUGUUCACAUGUACACGAAAGCUGGGAUACAAAAAGCUACUAAAUGUGCAUCUGGAAUUUUCCCAUGCCCACUGUGUUUUUAUAUGUUGCGGGUGGCACUGUGGGUUAAACCACAGAGCCUAGGACUUGCCGAUCAGAAGGUCGGCAGGUUUGAAUCACCGCGACGGGGUGAGCUCUUGUUGGUCGGUCCCUGCUCCUGCCAACCUAGCAGUUCGAAAGCGCGUCAGAAGUGCAAGUAGAUAAAUAGGUACCGCUCUGGCGGGAAGGUAAACGGCGUUUCCAUGUGCUGCUCUGGUUCGCCAGAAGUGGCUUAGUCAUGCUGGCCACAUGACCCGGAAGCUGUACGCCGGCUCCCUCGGCCAAUAAAGCGAGAUGAGCGCUGCAACCCCAGAGUCGGCCACAACUGGACGUAAUGGUCAGGGGUCCCUUCCUCACUAGGAAGCAAAGAUACCCUUGACACAUCACAGACUGCUUCAGAAUACCUGUUUCAGAAGUGGCUUGCUGUGUGUCAUUGGGGGUUGAGGAUAUAGUAAAAAUAAUCAAACAAGUUCAAUCCUCUUUGGGUAUGCAGAAUAAUUUGCCAGGCCCUUUGCAUCACACACCAUAUUUGUGUGAUUUCUUUAUUUGUUAUUUUGCUCUUCUUUUAAUCUUCCUAUGGUCAUUUCUCAGUUGACCAAAGAGAUAGUGAAAUUUAUUGGUGAUCGCAAUGAAAAUGUAAUAUUGGGACAGUGGAAUUCCACAACUUUUUACCUUGCAGGUGGUGGUUAAAGCUUUCUGCAGUCACUAAUCACAGUGUUUAUAUCUUAUCCUUAAGGUUCACAGAUCUUGGUCCUUAAAUAUCUUGACUUUUUAGCUAGAGGGGAACGGUUUAUGUUUUUAAAAGAGCUGACCAUAGCCUGUUGCCGUAGUUGCAGCUCUAUAUUGCUGGUAUAUAUUUAUCUAAUCUGGAGCUGCACUUUUCAUACCAGUUCAUUCUUGUUGGUUUCUCUUCUGUGUGUGCUUUGCUAUAAUUCCCUGUGUGAAUGUGCCUGAUGCCAACUUGAGAUUGCAAUACAGAGCAUGAACACUUGGAAGCAAGUUCAAUUUAGAUCACUGGGAGCUAGUAUUGGGCUAUAUUAUAGAAAUAAGCAUAUUUAACUGCAAAUAGAUAAGGCUGAGGUAGUAUGUGCAUUUUUAAUAUGCUAAAUAUUUCUAUAAAUGCUUAGUUUCUGUGACCAGUAAGACCAGGCUGAGAGGUAAUAAGCUUAGAGUGAAGAACUGUCACAUAUUAGACAGGAUCAUAACCUUAGUGUGGUUAAGCAGUGGGAUAAAUUAUUAGCUGAGAUUGUGGUGCCAACGUUGUCUUUUUAUAAAAAAUUAACAGCAGAGGAUAUCCUGGCAUUCUCUGAACAGUGUGGGAGGGGGUUCUGGGUGCUGCAUGGGGUUUUAUUAUUCCUGUUUAAACUAUAGUUUGUUUUUUAGACUUCUGUAAUUACCAUUACAUUUGCCUCCUUGUUUCUUUUCCUUCAGCAAUCCAGUGGGACAAAAAUGGCCGCCCAUUUCACUUUCUCUUUUACACUGGCAAGCAGUCCUAUUAUUCUGUAAUGCAUGUAAGUUAUCUAAUGGCUUUUUCCUAGUGGACCAAAAUAAUGGUCACUUAUUACAUAAUGUGUAUGUUUGUCGUAAUUUUCUUAGGGCAAACUCGUUACCAAAGGAAGGAAUGACUAUUAGCUUUGGUUUCCCCCAUAGUUACUAAACAGGUCUUGCUACGAAAGAAUUUCAGACUGUGAUAAGUAAAAUACUAACCAAAGAUGACCAGAGGCAAAUUCGUAUGGUAAUCCUUUUUAAAAUGUACAGUAUUCUUGAAGGAAAGGAAAGUUGCAGAAGGCAGCUAUAUGUUUCUUAUUGACGGCCAUAUAAGAUAAUGUGUGAACCAGGUUUAAAGCUUUAACUUACAUUUCCUUGUAAUAGCUUGACAUUUGAGCACACAGGAAAUUUGCAAGAGGCCAGUGCUGUGUUUUGACUGGCAGCUAUCCUACCCUUUCAAACAUGAGAAUUGGCGUGCGUUCCACUGGAGUUCACAUUGCUUUGUUUAAAAUUGGGGCCCUGAGUAAAGCACUAGCCUCAACCACUUUUAUGUUUUUUUACUCGGAGGCUACAAAGAACAGCCUCUCCAUAGAGCAUGGGUACUUCGUGGCUCUCAGUUAUCUAAAUCCACUUUGACACUGACUCGGUGCUGGUACACAUCUGGGUAGAGAAUGUGGGAGCUACCCACAUGCUGUUGCCCACUACUGCAUUGUGUUAGGAUAUGAACAUUGGUAGUGGUAGAAAUCCUAAGUCUCAUGCCUGAUCAUUGUGGUUGUUGUGUUAGUCCUUAGCUUGUCCUUUCUUUCCUUUUUUCUGCUGCCUUUGCACAUCUCACUUCACACAUUAGGUGGUCACUAAACAAGUGAGCUGAUUUCCCAUCUGACUUGUUUUGUUUGCUAAGCUGUAAGAAAUCUAGCUUUAAUUUUAUUCAAUUGUCCUGCAUCAGUAUGGUGAAGAAAGUCUGCAGUUGCCUAUUUUUUCUUUUUCUUUUAAGAACAGGCACUUAUGAACUUACAGACAAGUUCCUUCCCCAGGUCCAAAAGAGAAUGACACCUCUGAAGUGUGGGCAUGGGAUUAAGGUUUUUUUGCGAAAUUUACCAGCAGUUGUAAAAAUUAGUAGGUAGAUUAAAAGUCUGUUCAAGUAUUGUCCAACACUACCAAGUAAGGUACAGGAGGAAACAUCUCUCCAUGCCUAUUAACUGUAAUCGCUAGGCAUCAGACAUCCGUGUUAAGAAACACUAUGUCUGCCUAGCUUGCCACAGCUGAAUUUCUGGAUUAGAUGGAAUUUUGGUCAGUCCAGCAUGGCAAUUCUUAGUUGAGCCCAUACUGUGAUUUCUAGUGACUCCUACAUAACAAUCCACUAAAGCGUGUGUAGCAAUAUAGUGCCCUUCAGAUAUAGCAGGACUACAUUUCCUAUCAUUCCUGACCAUUGACCAUGCAAGUUGUAGCUGAUGGGAGUUGGAGUCCAAGAAUAUCCGAAGGGCAUCACUAAAGAAUCUCUGAACCUAUUUCCUACAGAAGGAACAUAUUGAUAGUAUUUGAUGCAUGUUGUCUAUUUGUAUAACUUGAUUCGCUGACUUUGUGGAAGAAUCUAGUACAGUCAUACCUUGGGUUACAGACUCUUCAGGUUGUGCUUUUUCAGGUUGUGCACCGCGCCAAACCCAGAAGUGCUGGAAUGGGUUACUUCGGGGUUUCGGCGAUCGCGCAUACGCAGAAGCGCCAAAUCGCACUAUGCACAUGUGCAGAAGCGCCAAAUCACAACCCACGCAUGCGCAAACACGGCGCUGCAGGUUGUGAACACUGCAGGUUGCAAACGUGCCUCCCACACGGAUCAGAUUCACAACCCAUGCAUCCACUGUAGAAUUAAUUGUGUACUGAAGUUCAGUUAUAGAAAUGUAUUAUUAUUUUUUUGUAAUCUGAUUGAUAACUUUUCAGCCUGGUGAUGCCGUUGAACUCUUGUUUCCCUUGGUAUCUGCUUCUGGUUGCAGUACCAUUUAGAGGACUUCCUCUGUAAAAACAAAAACAAAAAACACCAUGGCUUUACUGUGCAUUUUAGAAUUAUCUGGUGUGUGUUUGUACUCCACACACCCAAAGGACAAAAUCCCCACUUGUCAGGUACAUUUAUUUCUGUAGAGGGAGAAGAGAGGAAUUAUUUUUUCUUUUGGUUGACCUUGGGCAAAUGAGCUUCUUGCCCUGGCAGAAAUGAAAUGAAUGAUAAAUGUAGAGUGUGUCUUUGCUGAGUAAUGGAGCUGCAGCGUAGGCUUCCCAGAGAGGUUUUCUCCUGCACAGCCUGAGGCAGCCUGAGGACCCCUACUGUUCAUUUAAAUAGGUAUGUCAAAUCUGCCUCGAAACGCUGCUGGUUUGAUCUGUGGUAAUAUUUGUGAAGGUUCCAUAUGGACUUGAGCCCCCUGCAGUGCUAAGAAAUAAUGUACAACGCUUCAUGGUGCAGACGCAAAUUUUCUCUGAAAAGGGAUGCAGCGCUGCGUUUUAGCUGUCGGAGAGGAUGAUGGAGCUGACGCGCUAGGCCUGUCAACUUGUUACACGGAUGGGUUGCACGCAGAGAGGCUGUGGAAAAUCUGUGCCUUUUAGCUUUUCUACUUAAUCACGGUUGUAGCAUUGCCUUUAGACUGUAUGCUACAUUAAUUCUCUUCCUGCCUUCUGCCUUUCAUCCCAAGUUUCACGGAAAAAAGUAAAGCAUGCAGGUCUUGUCGAGGAGCCUUAUCAAGCAGCUGUCAUCUGACAGGCCAUUUGCAUUUGUUUUGGCUGAAACAGAGCAAGCCAAGGGCAAGAUGUUUUGUUGCAUUCCAUCAUAAUGAAGAAAUUAAAAAAAUAUAUUACAAGGCGCCCAACUUUUUUUUUUUUUUUUACCCAUUGCUUGCCUUUUGAAAACGGCAUGUGAGGUUUUCCUGAGACACACGGCCUUUUCAAAGAAUAGCUGUGCUCACCACUUGAUUAAAAUCUUCCUGCACACGAAAUCCUUUUGACAAACAGAAAUGCAAUCAUUGUAGAAUAUUUGUAAAUUUACUUAAGUCGUGUCAGGGCGUUUAGAGAUGUCUUCAUUAAAAAGAGUGAUAUAAAUCAUUUCAUUAAACAGGAUUCAUCCCAUCUUCUGCUCAGGAAAUGUGAAAUAUGUGUAAGGGUGUUAAAGAUGAGAAUCAUAGGCUAAUGGAAAUUAGAGAGAUACUUGUUAAGUGCCAAACUGUCACUUUAAAAAGAAAAUGUAAAAUAAUUUCACUUUUUUACUGCAUCUUGUGCUCAUAGCCUUUUAUAAUUUGCAGUAUUUAAAAAUUUUAUAAAAUACAUUUUGCCUACAUGUGUCAAUUACCAUUUGCUUUACUGUCAUAUUUCAGUUAUUUAUUUCAGUUGAGCCAACCACCCUGCCAUUUAUAUAGCUUACUUGAUGCAGUAUGAAUAGGCUUCCUUGUAGCAUCUACAUUGACCACCAUCCAUCUUGUAUAUUCCAUUUCAUAUGCUGCUUACAUGUUAAAGCUUAUUACUACUUUAGCAUUUCUAUUCCCAGUUUCAUCUUUGUUUCUCUGUUUGUUGAAAAGAGUUUAGGAUGUAAAUGGUUUCUUUAGUUGCAAAUUCAGCUGCAUCCUGAAAUGUCUUAACCCCUUAAAUUCUUAAAUUUGUGCGAACCACCAGUUGGGAACCGCUGUACUAGAAGUCUUCAGAAUAUCAUUCAUCUUUUACAAGGUUGCAUCACUGGCUUGUUUAAAAUGGCAUUGGAAACCCAAACAUGUUAUGUCGUAUAUGUACAGCUAUAUGUAACAAAUUAAGAAACAGAAUACAAAAACAGACCAGAAGGAUGUUUUCCAACUAACAGCAACUUAUAGAAUCUGUGUCGGCAUUUUAAGAUAUUGGUUGCAUAUGAACUCCACCUAUUUCCUCUCUCCAGUGCUUCUGAGCCUGGGGGCAAGAGAACUAAGUCUAAAUAUAUUGAUGAUGUUGAUAACCUACUAUGUUUGUUCAAGAUAUAUUUCAAAGAUCCAGUAGCCUGGUGCUUGCUCUUAACUUACUAUUCAGCAACAGCUUUGUUUAAAACUGUCUGUCUUGUUAAUUGACAAGAUCGAGGACGCAGUCCUCCUGUUUUAUGACAAUAUAUAUAUGGCUCACAAGUAUCUUAUAAAAUCUACUGCAUAAUGGCCACAUUUGUAAGGGAUAUAGGCAUGUAUAUUUAUGACUUUGCUGUUGCCUCUGGAAACUGUUAGUUAAAUCUUCACCUAUCUGUUCUGAAGAAGCAGGAAUUCCUUUUUGAAAUGCUUCAGAUGUGAACAUUUGCCGAGUGACAUGCUUCUCAGAUUCUUAUACCAUUGCAAGAUAGCAUGCAUCAUUAUCCUGCCCAUUGAUUUGUUAUCCUGCAAAUAAUUUUGCACAUGCCUUCCUUUAUAGCUAUGCACAUCAAUAAAAUUUAAGAACAGCCAGAGUGUUUUGAGGAAUGAAGGAAAUGGGAUCUGAAAUGAGCAAGUAAAAAUUCCCAUGUCACAAUGUACCCUUGUCAGUAGAUAAAAACUCUUUAGGUUAUCUUUUUUUUUCACGUAGACUGUAUUUGAGAAAAAUAAGUGGUGAAAUACAUUUAGCCAAAGAUGAACUGAAAAUGCCCAUCCUUUGAGGAGCUAUACAGUAUCUUGUGGGCUAUUAUGACCUAGCCACAUUCACACAGCAUUAUAACAGGGCCCGGAGAAGGGAUUUUUUUGCCAGUGUUCAGGAAGACAGCAUGGUUAUCAAGGUUGUGUUUGCAUUGCAUGCACCAUUGGCUGUGAGUCUGGUGCACAGCUUGACUCUUUUUAAAAGUUUGCAGUCCUUGAAUUCACAGAGAAACUUGAAAAUGUCCAGGCAUAGUAAGCUCUGAAGACUCUGAAACUAGAGAGGUUAUUUGGUAAGGGCUCCAAAAACAUAUUGGUGUGCAAAUGUCUAAAGGUUUCAGUCUGCGAAACUACAAGACAGAUCCCAAGUGUAGGUAACCAUUUGUUCACUGCAUGGCUACAAAUGGGAAAUGAACAAUUCACCAUGUGGUUAGAAUCAUAAUGGAGUAAAAGUGGCCAUGUAGCUUUAGGAACGAACUAUAAUUCCAGCUAACACAAUAAGUGAAGCAACAUCUUCCUCUUCUUCCAUCCAUGUAGAGCAUCAUUACCAAUCUCAAGAAUGAAGGACCUCGCAAGGAUAAUGGGACAUAGCAACCUGUAAUCUUCCCCCAUAGGCUUGAAGGAAGUUUUCAGAGCCUGCUAUCAGAUUGUUAUAGAGAAGAAUAGAGAUGAAUGUGCCAGUGUGCACUGUAAUUUUUAUGGUUUGGCUAGCUUCGUGUGACAAGCUUCCAUUUUAAAAGGGUAGUCAGCAGUGCUGUAUUUCUUACAUGGGCAAGACCAUCUCUUAUCCCACCCUCUUCCAAAGGUCCUGAAUUGCCUGGGUUGCUGGUAUGUAGAGAAGAAUGUAAUAGAAAUUAUAACAGUUUCUGGAACUUGAUUCAAAGGUGGAAUCUACACACAUUAAAAAAAAAAAAAUUCUGAAAUGCUUUUUUUUUUAAGUGUUUUUAAAAAUACAAUGAAUUUUUAAUAAGGCUUUCCAUCACCAUCUAGUGUCACAUUGUAUAUUGCACUUAAAACACACUUAAAACAUUUUAUUGGCAGCUGUAUAGCUGAGUCCAAAUGCUGAAUAAUUUUCUUAUGAACCAAGAAAUGUAGUGAACCAGCCCUGCCCCUGUUGACAGAAUCUUUCUUGAUUGGGUUUUCACAAACUCAGGCCUGCUUUACAUAUAACAUUAAAAUUUAAACCAUAAUUAAAUAUAAAUCAAUAAACUACAGUUUUAUAUGAUCGAGCAGCGUGCUGCUUUAUAGUGUGCUACUCCCUGGCUCUUGCUAUUGCUGUCCUGGGAGGAAACAAACCAACAGCUGAUUUACCAUUAUGUGCAACUUGGACUUGUGGUUUGUUUCUCUCCAAACAAACCACAGUUGGAAGGCAAGGUUUGUUCUCGGCGUAUCACUUAUGGUUUGUUUAGAGAUAAAUACACCAUUGCUGAGUGCUCAAUCAGAACCUCUUUUUAGGAAGUUGUAAUCGGAUAAAUGUCCUUAUUCUUUUGUGUUCUGGCUUAAAUGGGGUGAUUCUAUAGCUAAAGAGCCUGGAUUGUUUGAAGAAUUACAUUGUUUUUAUUUUGGUUAUUACUACAGAGAAACCACUGGUCACAAUGGUUUGUUAUAACUGAAAUUAGUUAAGAUAUAUGCUAUGCCCCUUUGUACCACAGUUCGGGGGCAAAUAUGGGAGUUGUGGUACUGUAUUCUUGCAGUUGAACUUCUAACACACACACACACACACACACACACAAAAUAAUUGUUUUUCUUAAGGAUUUUCUUGGGUUACAAAAGCACCUACAUUGUCUCCAUUUUCAGGUAAUAGAGUCCUUUCUACAGAUUAGUUACAUUAGUUGUGAGACAUUAAUGUUGAACUUCUAAGUGAUAUUUGAUGCCAAAAUUUUCAGCAGAAGGUUUUAAGUGGAGCUCACCCUUGUAUCUAUUCUAGGAAUUGUAUGGUAAGCUACUUCAUAUUGAGGAACACCAAGAACGAAUGCGUGCUGAAGGAUUAUUACCACCUGAGAAGAAAUCCCAGUUGUAAGUUGUCUCUGUGUGAUCAUAAUGAAAGUAUGUUGGGGAUGAGAGAUGCAGAUGCAGUUCUCAUACAAUAUUUUCAAGAUAUAUCAUGCUAUGUGGUAUUAUUAGCCUAGGCCAGACUUUCUCAACUUGGGUCCCCAGAUGUUGUUGGACUACAACUCCCAUCAUUCCUAGCUAGCAGGACCAGUGGUGGGAGGAGAUGGUGUCAAUGCAAAAUGGUCUGAAAUAGGUGAGAAUUGGGAGGUAAGCAAAGGAGACUAUUGAGGAGUGGAGAGGUGAUAGGUUCUUGUUGUUUAGUCGUUUAGUCGUGUCCGACUCUUCGUGACCCCAUGGACCAGAGCAUGCCAGGCACUCCUGUCUUCCACUGCCUCCUGCAGUUUAGUCAAACUCAUUCUGGUAGCUUCGAGAACACUAUCCAACCAUCUUGUCCUCUGUUGUCCCCUUCUCCUUGUGCCCUCCAUCUUUCCCAACAUCAGGGUCUUUUCCAGGGAGUCUUGUCUUCUCAUGAGGUGGCCAACGUAUUGGAGUCUCAGCUUCAGGAUCUGUCCUUCCAGUGAGCACUCUGGGCUGAUUUCCUUAAGAAUGGAUAGGUUUGAUCUUCUUGCAGUCCAUGGGACUCUCAAGAGUCUCCUCCAGCACCAUAAUUCAAAAGCAUCAAUUCUUUGGCGAUCAGCCUUCUUUAUGGUCCAGCUCUCACUUCCAUACAUCACUACUAGGAAAACCAUAGCUUUAACUAUACAGACCUUUGUUGGCAAGGUGAUGUCUCUGUUUUUUAAGAUGCUGUCUAGGUUUGUCAUACUCUGGCUUUAUUGUGUUUCUAAUGUAAGCUUUUCAGUGGUAUAUGAGGGAGACGGAUGAAGUGAAAGAUUUUAGGAAUGAGUCAAAGUUAAAGCAGAGAUAGCUCAGACAGUGAGUGAUAAGAGUCUGUGGGAAAAGAGUAUAAUAAUUGCCUAGCUUGGAAGAAGAGCAGAACUUAGAGCAGGAAAGAAGAGCAAACACAGUUUUGACAGUGAGACUUGCCUUUCACCUCCUUGAUUAAGAGUUGAAACUGCACAUGUCACUUUUGCUAGUAUCCCUGUAGUGAAUGUAACAGCCCCAAAAGAGAUUCUCCACAGUCUUUGCUUUGCUUUCACAUUUAGAAAUGAUUUCCUCAUGGAGGACAGCCUCCUCUGUAUGCCUUCCCUCUUUGCCUUGGAUUGAUCAUCAUCCAAAUGAUUGUGUGCAGAGCCAAGAUAUGUCAGAAUGAAUUGGCACUGGGACACCUUCAGGAAACUAAUCGUUUGCUGAGGAGAACCAGCUGGUACCAAAGGAUGAGCCAUUACUUGGAGUGGUGGUGUAAGGAAGACUUAUCCAAGGUGUGGAUUAGGAAGGCCAAAAGAAAAUGAAAUUGGAGGAGGAAGUUGAGCACUGGAAAAACAGUGACUGUGGAAAUCCCUGACAAGAAGGUUAAAAGACUUCCAAAAAACAACAGCAACACCCCUUGUUGGGACUAGGCCUGGGCUACAUACACACCAUGCAUUUAAAGCAAACCCACCCCAAGAAUUCUCAAAGCUGUAGCUUGUUAAGGGUGCCAGAAACUAUAGCUCUUUGCAAGGUAAACUGCAGCUCCCAACCAUUUUUUGAUUAUUUCCCUUUGAGUGGGUGUUUUAAAUGUAUGGUGUGUACAUAGCCUUGGUGAAAGGUAAGGUUUCAAUAGGUUUCAACUGGAGGGAAAGGUUAGCAUGAAGAGACAGAAUUCCUUUCUUGAAAAAUGAAGCAAAGAGGUAGAAUGAGGGAUAAAAGAUAAAGCCGUUCAGGAAAAGUAAGCAUGAGAAGAACAGAAGGAAAGUAAACAGCCUAAAGGGCAGAGGAACAAGCUGAUAAAUGAACGGCACCAAGCCCAGGGGGCGCUCAUUUUUCCGCUGUCCACCGUGUGGUGAUAUACAAGAUGUAUGAAACAAACAACACCAGAGAAUGCCUGGUUUCUCUUUUGCCUGCAGCACAUGGCAAGACAGUAAGAUAGUUAUUUUUGUUUUCAAAUUGUGGCUAAUCCAAUCCUAUGCUGCCCCUACUGAUGCUGCCCCUACUGUGUUUUACCACAUCUCUUUUUGAUGCACGUCAUCCCUCCAGGAACUGAGUGUUCUGCAAUUGGCCAGCAACUGGUCAGUCUGUCUUGCACCAGAGCUGAUCUAGAUAAGGUGUUGAAAUCCCAGAAGACUUUGUAUUCCCUUUCUACUUCAGUGCUUCACACCCUGAAAUUACCUCUAGAUAGAAGGGAAGAGUUAUGGGGAAGACGAAAUACUAUUUCUUGCUAUGUUUGCGAUCUUUUGUGUUGUGUUUUUUGAAAUCUUGUGUGUUAAAUUUCAUUCUGGUACAGCUGGUUUACAUACACAUUAGAAUGCUGCUGAAAGUUGCCUUUAAACUAAACUGAUGCCAGGACUUUUAACUCCCAACCACUUUAGAAAUAUUACUUGUUAAUAAAGCAAAAUUAUGACACCGGAGCUACUGCUCUUUGCUUUUGGGAAUAGAAAGUUUGUAAAUGUAACUUGCACUUUUUCAAAGUAAAAGACAAGUAUAUUUCCAAAUGAAGUGUGACUGUAUGUGUGGCCCUUUGCAAUCUUAGUCUAAUUGCAUGAUUAGUUAAAAAGAGAAUAUAUGUGAUAUUUUAAACAGAAACCUGAUUGGCAGCAGAUGGCUGAUUAAAGAGGAAUUGGAAGAAAUGAUAGUGGAAAAACUGUCAGAUCAAGAUGUGAGUAAUUAAUCUCCUUUAUUUAAUGAACCUUGUAUUUUAACGGAACAGCUACAUGGGUUUUUCUUUAAGGAUUCUGAAAAAAUCUUUUCCUUGGAGACAGGAAUUAUUCAUGUUCUUGGUCUCUUUCGUGCACAUAAACACACAUAUUGAAGAAUCUGUAUUGAUUCCUAUACCAAUUACGUAAGCCACAUUUGGACAACUUGUCCACUAAAAUUGUGAGAGACUGAAUGGAUUCUCUCAAAGCAGCACUUCUCUUUAGUUAAAUCUGUCUGACAGGAACCCAGGAGGAGAUCCUUCCAGUUUAACUUCUUCCCCUGUUUGAACAAAAUGAUAAUUGUCCCAAGCAUCCAUCUGCAAAAGUUUCCUGUAUAUUUGACCUACUUCCUGGUGUCCCGGUUCUCUUCCUCAUUGGUUGGCCUUUCCCUAUCCAACCUUCUGCCACCCAAAGUGGUUUUUUUAAAAUUUUCUUUGGUUUCAUUGAAACAUCUCAAAGAGUCAUGCAUUUUCCAGGCAUGCAAGCUGAACUUCAUAGCUUGCUGAAAGUGUAAGGCUAGCUAGAUCCUAAGUUUGUUUUAAUUUUAAUAUGCAUUCUUAAUCACUAUUUUUUCCCUUAAAUGAACUCUUAUUUGGAAAACGGGAGGAUUAGCUUGUCGCUUUACUUCACUGCUUUAUUUCCCAUGAGCCUGGCCACUCUGGCAACAGGCUUGUGGAAGCAGGGAAUAUGAAGAGAGGAUGUGGGUGGUUUCCUAAAUCCCAAGAUAAGCGCUUUAAAGCUGUGAGCUUCCCUGCUGCCUGUUGACUUGGAAACUUAAAAGCAAGGUGGGGGCAGUACUGCCUAAAGGUUGGAGACCUGGAAGGCACUUUACUUCUCACAGCGUUGGUGCAGCAGGGAACCCCAUAACAAAGAGUUUAUUUAUUAAGAGAAACAUAAAAUCAACAAGAACACUGCAGAAACAAAAUAAUAAUGGCUCGUAAUGUGCUAGCCCUAUAUAAUCCCUUGCAUGUUGUGGUGGUGUUAAACAAAUGUACAACAGUGUGUGUGUGUGUGUGUGUGUGUGUGUGUAAGUGUGUAAUAUGCAGAAUAUUUUGGGGAACCUAGGAUAACCUAGUCUCCAUGUGAUGGUAGUUGUGUGAAGAAAGCAUGCAGGGCUGCACCCCUGACUCCACUAUUGGGUCCCCUGCUGGUCCUGCCUUUCCCCACUGCUCACACUUUAGGGCAGCGGUUCUCAACCUGUGGGUCCCCAGAUGUUGUUGGACUACAACUCCCAUCAUCCCUGAGCUCUGGCCUUGCUAACUAGGGGUGAUGGGAGUUGUAGUCCAACAACAUCUGGGGACCCACAGGUUGAGAACCGCUGCUUUAGGGGGAAUGUUUGUAAAGGGAAAGCCUAUUGCGCACUCAGGCUCUCUCCCCUUUGUGGGAAGUGUUUAUGGGCAUUCAGCAGGCUUCUCUUUAACAACAUUCUCCAAAAUAUGUAGAGAGCAGGAAGGGGCAAGGAUGGUGUGGCCCCAAAGGCAGUGGGUGCAUCUCCAUGUGAUUAUAAUUGUGUGGAGAGGAACAAGUAAAGAGGGCUUGUGCCAAACAAAUACUGCUACGUCUGCCAAUUGGAUUACUUGUAAUAAAAAGGCGAUGACGAGAGAUCAGGUACUCUGUACAAAGAAUUACCUGCAUCUUCAUUAUGUCACCUCUGUUGCUCUCUCCCCCCCCAUUAAUUCUGUUCUUUAUUUCUGUGUUUUGUGUGUGCACUAAACAGGUAUUUAAGAUCUGUGGUCAUCAAUACAACAUUCGUCAUCAACACAAACAUGUGUGCCAGUGUGUGAAAGACUUUAUACUUACAGCCGCUUCUUAAAUUUCUUGAUGCCACAAGGCCUUCAGAUAAGCCUUAUUAACAAGACCAUGUACUAGCAGUGCAGCGUUUUACUUUCUAAUCACAUGUUCACGAUGUAGGGAGCGAAGCACACAGUAGCAAAGGAUAAUUUAUUUCAAGAGGUUGCCCUUUAAGUCAAGUAUCGCUUGAAUUUUUAAGAAGCUUGAUUGUUUGGUUUAAAAAGAAAAUUAUAAACAUUUAAAGUAACUCCCGACUGAACAGCCAGUGGCAUAGAUACACAUUUUCCGUAUGUAUUACGAAAUAUAAUCACCUAAGAAGUGGCGUUUAGGAAAAUAAAAUUAUUUCCAUUUAAAUGUACAUAUCAACUUGUUUGAAAUGAGUUGGGAAGCUUACCUCUUGCCACUCUUCAUCAAAGAAUUGGAUUCUGUUUUGAGGCCUGCAAAAUAUUUCUUUGAAAAUUAAGAUGAACUUCAUUUUAAUGUGGUAAUCCCGUCUUACAAAGAGGUUGGUUGCAUUUUUUUGAAUUCUGGAUUCAUUUGUUGCUAGGGUUAAAAAAAAAAGGAUUAGGUAUCUUUAUUCACAUAGAAAAUGAUACAUCUGCAUGUUGUUUUGAAAGCAGCAUGCAAAUGCAGAAGUGUCAUCCUGUCAAAAGUUGUCAAUAAGAGCAGAACUGGAAAGAUCAUGCAUGUAAAAAUAGAAGUUGUUGGCAAAUGCAAUUACACUUGCACCCCCAACCCCUUAAUGAUAUUUUUUAUUGUCUACAGUAUUCACGGUGUAUUCAGCUGCUAGAAAAACUGGUUGCAAUGCCGUGCCAUGAGAUUGAAGAUGAUUAUGUGCAAAAAUUCCGUAAGCAAUUACCUGUGCAAUCCAAAAAGCAGAACAUAGAACCCCUACAGUAUGAUGAGCAGGGCCUGGCCUUCAGUACUGCAGAAGGUAACUUUUUGUUCUUGUUUUUCCUUUGUAGAGAGAGGGCUAGUUCUUGGUAGACCUGAGAAAUAAAAUAUGUUUUCCUGGUUGUCCAUUCACAAGCAUGGGAAGGGCCAUAGCUCAGGGCUAGAGCAUUUGCGUUGUAUACAGAAGGACACAGGGUGGCGCUGUGGGUUAAACCACAAAGCCUAGGACUUGCUGAUCAGAAGAUCGGCGGUUCGAAUCCCCGUGAUGGGGUGAGCUCCCGUUGCUCGGUCCCAGCUCCUGCCAACCUAGCUGUUCGAAAGCACGUCAAUGUGCAAGUAGAUAAAUAGGUACCAAUCUGGUGGGAAGGUAAACGGCGUUUCCGUGCGCUGCUCUGGUUCGCCAGAAGUGGCUUAGUCAUGCUGGCCACAUGACCCGGAAGCUGUCUGCGGACAAACUCCGGUUCCCUCGGCCUAUAGAUGAGCGCGCAACCCCAGAGUCGGUCACGACUGGACCUAAUGGUCAGGGCUCCCUUUACCUUUACAGAAGGACACAGGUUCAAAUUCCCCAGCAUUUCCAGAUAGUGCUGUGAGCACCUCUUGUCUUAAACUUUGAAGGGCAGCUGUCAGUCAAUGUGUAGACAGUACUGUGUAAGAUGGAUCAGAGGUCUGUGCAAGAUGGAUCAUAAGGCAGCUUCCUAUUCUCCUAUGAUGUUGAACCAAGAAAUGCUGCCCCAAGAUUUGUGGUGAAAUGUGAAAUGUUGUCGUACUUGUUUCAUGAAAUUGUUUUGCUAGGGCAUAAGGACCCAUUAGCAGCUUUCCUUGGGUGGGCAGAUAACAAUUUGGCAGACGUAUGCGGAAAAAUCGCACAUAGUAGUCCCAUUGAAGUCACUGGGCUUUACUUCUGAGUAAACACACAGGCUUACGAUCAGGCUGUAUUCACACCUGGUUUCAUGAUAAAAGGAUGCAAUGCAUUAUGACUGUAUCUAUUAAGCAUUUAUUUCUCAUUUAUGUGGGGUUUUUUUAACCUGACAGUUCAUUUGGGCUAGUUCAGUACCUUAUUUUCUUAACAAGCAAAGCUGUUCAAAUUUUACCUGUUGUUAACUCAGUUUUCACAACACCACAGUGACUCGGCUUGAUAAGAUUCUGGGCUUGUAUGUGUGUUAAUUCUUCCAUUUAAUAUUACUGUCUGUGCUGAGAAAGAUUAUAGACUAUGGCUGAAUCUUCUAAACAUGCUGGUGAUAUUUUCAUAUCAACGAGACUUAAUCAAACAAAAUACGGUAUUUGUUGAAAAGCAUAAUCUUUUGUUUAAAGAUUUUCAGUGUAAAGAUUAUCUGAAACCUAAGGAAUUUGUUUUUGAAAGCAUUCUUUGUAUCAGUAGUAGAUUGCAUCAUUUUAUUUUCUUACAUCCCUAAAUGCAUAAUGGGCUUGAUCAAAACAAUUUGUAACUGAGUUCAGUGGGACUUACUCCCAGGAAAGUGAAUAUGGGAUUGCAGUCUUAAAAACAUAGACAUAGUCCCAUGUAUGACCUGUUCACAUGCCAUGGUAAGCCGCAGUUACUGUUUUACUGUGAACACAGAGAUUACUCCCACAUUGCUCAUCCCAUACCAAGAGCAACAUGCCACGAUCUCUAACUUAACAGUACAUCUGAACUGGGGAUUGUAACAAGCUGUGUUUGUUUGACUCCAAACUAUGAUCUGAAGCUAAGAAAAAGCUUGGCUUCAAAUCAGGGUUGGUUUGGAGUUGAACAAACCAUGAUCCCUGGUUUGGAAAUAAUGCUAAGUCGGGGAUUGUGGUUUGGUGCUCCUUUUCACCCUAGCGAAAGGGUGUUGUGUGUGCAUCUGCACAUUCACAGUAAACCAUUAGCUAUAAAUUACUACGAUGUAUGAACACAGCCAUUGAUUGGACUAAUGUGCCGUUUCUUCGUUGAUAAACGUUCUUCCCAGUUCGCAACAAGUUGCCUUAAGGUCCAGGUCCAUCAUUUCUUCAUACUUACUAUUUAAAAUACUUAUAGCCUACCAUUCCAUUGCAUUUGCUGUUCUCAAUGCUGCUUACGACAGUUUUAAAAAUUGUAAAAUCAAACAGAAAUUAAUCAACAAUAAUCAACAGCUGGGGAAAUCUCACUGCCCUAAAAUCUUGCAAUUGGCACAUUGAGCUAACCUUAAAAAUCACUUUAUCUGAAGUCCUGUGGCUUUAGGCAUAUCUAAUUUCAUUUGAAGUAAAUGAGAUGAGCUGCUAAGUAUUUAUGCUUAAACAGAGUUUUUGGUCACUAUUAAUGAAUAAUUCUCCAUGUAUGUUGUAUAGGUCUGAAUCUAACUAACUAUUUAUCUUAUCAAAAUCCAGUUUCUCUGUUGAAGAUGCUGGCUGCCAUUUUGAAUUCUCAGAGUAUGCUUCCCUCUGCUGGAGGAAGAAAAGAAAUAUUCAUAGCAAUGGCGGCAAUAUGAAUAUUUUAUCCACCAUGUCCCAUUUUUCUUUAAUGGGAUGAGACAUUUUUGUUCUUGCUGUUUAUCCCUUUUUUCAAUUUAUUCAAAUCUUUUCAGUAUUUUUAUAACAACUACUUGCACGGAUGGAGAGAGAUUAUGUGUAAAGCCUUUGUUGUCGAAAGAUGCCAGUGUCUCUGCCAUAAGACAAUAAUACUAAUCUCAGGGCUUAGCCAUACCACUUGGGUUUCCCAGCAGCUAAAUAAUAAAUAAUAAUAAUAAUGCAAAUUUCCUUGGUAUCAUUUUAGCAACCACAGAUAAACAGGAAGCAUCAGAACCCACUCAAUGGCCAAUACCUAGAAUAACAGUCCCUAUUUAUUGGCUAUGAGAUGGACUCUCUGUUGUUUCCAUUACCUGAACAACUGAGGCAGCUUCACCCAUACGGAAGUGUCAAAAGGCUGGCAACUCAAGUCUUUCCCAUUCCGGAACAAAUUUAGGCACUGAAUCAGUAUUGGGCUUCAGGAUGGAUAAAAUAGCUUUUGUUACAUUACAAAUAGAAACUUUUCCUCAUAGGAAAAAGAAACAUGGGCAGUACUGCAAUUGGCUAGGAAAGAAUGUUGUGUGAUGAACUUGGAUUAAAUAAUAUUUAUUAUGAGAGAAUUUCACUUUUGCUAGGAUUUUCCCAUGAUGAGCAUGCCACGUGUGAUUUUUGAGAUGCUAAAUAUAAACGUGUGUUAUUUUUUCAAGGCUGGAGAAAGACAGCAAAAGCAACUGUUAAGGUUUAUGACAAUGGAAGUGGGAAAAUUACUAUAAAUGGAGAUGAUUAUAUACUUUACUUUCCAGUCUUGCAGGACAGGUGAGUGAACUAAGUUUGCUGUAGAUAGUUAUUUUAUUUAAAAAAAUUCAAGGGGAUAUGUUGCUGAAACAAAGACUAUAGCCAUUCUAGUCUUAGCAAAGACUGCUGCCCUGGGUGACUUUGAGAGGAAGGUAGGGAUAUGAGUUGUAUAGGUUUCUUAGUUUCUUCAGUUUUCAUUUUUGUUUAAAGAUUGAGGUUGUAUUACAUGUGCACACCACCCUACCAUCAAUACUUACAAAAAAUUGGAAGCAUCUUAUUUCUUGCCAUUGUUUAACCAAAGUCACAAAUGUCUGAAUUGAACACCGCCCAUCAAGAGGACUUCCAGGAAGAUGAUGGACUAAAGAGAUCUCACCUGGAGACUCUUCCAUGCCACCGGAUAAAACCUGGGAUCCCCGAUUGCAGGAUUGCACUGAAAAACACCAAAGUCAAAAGCAAUUUUGUGGGGAAAGAUCGGGAACCACUGAUCUAGAUCAUUUCCACCUGUCUCCCUGAUUGCUGGUGUUACAACUGGACUACAUGAGCCAAUAAUGCUGGAUGCAUUUGUAUGUUUUUCAGAGAACAGCUGAUGUUCCCCUUCCAGUUUCUCGAUCGCCUGGAGAAGCACGACAUGGUCUGCUCUGUUUCUGGGGGAGGAAGAGCAGCGCAGGCCGGAGCGAUCCGCUUAGCUUCCGCAAGAGCGUUGUGCAGCUUCGUCACCGAAAACGAGGUGGAGUCCAUGAGGCAAGGUAUAAUCAUGAAGAAGAAAGUUGCCCUGGCUCAUCUUUGUGUUUUGCAUUAGAAAUGUUUGGGCUGAAUCCAAGCAUUGCUUAAGUGGACAUCCAUUCACAUAGCAGGACUUCACCCUUCUUUCCUCUUCCACCCCCAGCAAUCCCUUUGUACACCCCCCCCAAAAAAAAUUGCUCCAGAAGGUCCCCAAACCAUCCAGAGCAGAUGAGGGGGAGGGAGAAAAAGAGGAAUUCUUGCUGCCUGAACAGAAAUCUAUUCCUUGAGGCAUGGAAUCCAUUGGCUGCAACUCUUAUGGAAUCCACUCAUGAAAAGUGGUCGUACUUCAUAUUUUUAUUUUUGGUUUUUUUAUUAAAUUUUAUUUAACAAAAUACAAGCAAAAUACAUACAUAUAUUUUUCAGAUAAGCACACAAAUAUAUAAAAAGAACAAAAGAGAAAAAAGGAUGAAAAGAAAAGAAGAAAAAAUUAGAAAAAGGAGAAAAAUUGGAAGAAUUUCCUCCAAAUUCACUCCACAAAUAUCUCAACAAAUAAAACUUCAUUGAUUGACUUCCAUCGCUUACACUGCACUUCCUAUAUACAUUUUAAGCAAAUUUGUAUCUGUUAUUCCGUAUUUUUCCCAUACAAUCUCAUACAAAUAUUCGAAUCAAUAAGUUUUCUAAAUCUUUCAUAAAUCUGUUCUAAACACAACCAGUACCUUACGCUUAAUCCUUGUCUACAUAAAUAAUCAUUUAAACAUUUGUCUUUGAUAAGACAAAAACAAAAAAAUACAAUCCAGAAACAAUGGAAACGUACUUCAUAUUUUUAAGUGUACAAUCUCAUCAUUAGCUUAUGUCAUCCCACUGGGAUUCAGCUUGCACCUUCCUGUUUUCUUCUCCCAAGUUCAGCUUCUGUUCUGAGUGUAGUAUAGAAGCACCGUGACUGAACUUCUUCUAACCUUUCUCUCGCCCCUGCAGCUGGUCUCCUAGCAGUUGAUCCACGUGUGAGAGAGCGGAAGAAGCCCGGCCAAGCGGGAUCCCGCAAAAAGUUCACCUGGCAGAAGCGCUAA